AUGGACAUCGGCGGAGAAGACAGGACUACCAUUGAAGAUAAUAACGUUUUAACGCCGCAUCGGUCGAUAUGGAGCGACUCAAACGAAAACAGAAUAGAUGGAAUUGCCAUUUUAAUAAACAAUUCUCACAUCGAAUUUAAACAGAGUACGAUAGUGAAUGACGGGCUAUCAUUUUUAGCACAAUUGACUUUUAUGGGACAGGAUUUUAAUAUUAAAAACAUCUAUGGUUUUAAUGAUACACAUACCAGGGAUGAUAUUUUAGAAAAUUUGCAAUCUCAUAUGUUGGGCCGGGCACCAUUCAUUUUAGGAGGGGCUUUUAAUUGUAAUUUACAUGGAGGGGAUAGAAAUGGAGUCGGGGUAUUUGAAAUUGGUAAAAAAUCAGUUUUAUUACAAGACAUCUCCUGGGUUUUUAAUUUACAAGUUUUUAAAACCGUACACCCGAGAAAGGAAGGUUUUACUUGGUUCAACAGUGAUAGUACCAGAGCCUCUUGCAUCGACUAUAUACCUAACACCUGAUUGGUCACCCGUUGAUGCUUGUUUAAUUCCUGUUUUUUUUCAGAUCACCUGCUUCUGUCCUGCAUACUUUCACUGAGUUCUGGGGUGACUAUGGGGAAAGGGUUAUGGAAACUCUGCUCUCAGCUUGACGAUGAGGUCAUAGUCGAUCAGUACAGGGAGCAGUAUAGAGAUUGGCAGACCCUCCAUGAUUUGUUUGAUUCACGUGCAUGGUUGUGGGAAAUGGUGAAGGGAAGGACGCGGACGUUUUUUAAAAGAGCAGGAAGAGAGAAAAAGAAAAAGGAAAUUGGACAUAUGUUAGGACUGCAGAAAAUACUGCAAAGGUAUUUUAACUGAUCGCAAAGGGGGAUGGAUUUUAAUGACGAAGUCAAGCAGGUUAAGAUGGAAAUGACAAGUUUGGCGGAAAUUAAAAGUAAGGGGGUAAUACUUAAGAGCAGGGAAAGAGAAAUUGAAGAAGGGGAAACAUGCACCCGGUAUUUCUUCAAAACAAUAAUGAAUAAAAGUGGAGGGAUUUUUAAAUUGCAAAAUGAAAAUGGAGUAAUUAUGGAAACAAACAUGGAAAUAAAUAGGAGUGUCAAAACUUUUUACCAGACAUAAUAUGACAAGAAAGAAAUCCAACAGGAGAUUGUGACACAGGUUUUAGAUUUUAUGGAAGACAAAGUGAGGGAUCUGCUUUUAACAAGGGAUUUUGCCAUAAGUGAACUGGGCAAAUGCUUAGCAAAUUUUUAGAAAGGCAAGUCUCCAGGAGAGGAUGGGUUGCCCCUUGCCUUUUAUCUGUUGUUUUGGGAAAUUUUAGCACAGGACUUGAUCCCUGUUUUUAAUGACUUUAUCACAGACAGCCUUAUGCUGAUCCGUGACACCAUCUGUUACACAAGAGGCAGAAAUAUGCGCCUAGUAGUUUUAAAUUUAGACUUUGAAAUGGCUUUUGAUCUGGUCUUGCACCAGUACCUCUUUAUGGUACUGCAAAAAUGUGGGUCUCCUGGAAAGUUUAUAGAGUGGGUGGGAUGGACAUCAUUUGUUGUUAAUGGGAAUAUGACAAACGCAGUCAAUAUUAAGCGUCAAAGUUGUCCGUUAUCUGCCCUUCUUUAUGUUCUAUGUAUAGAACCAUUGGCACAGAUGUUGAGAAGGGACGACCUGAUCAAGGGGGUGAAAAUCCCAGUUCGCGGAGAAAUUUUAACAAUAUGCAUUUUAUACAUGGUCGACGUUAAUAUUAUCUGUUCAGACCUUUUAUCUGUCAAUAGGACUUUGGACUUGACUGACUAGUACGGACAGGCCUCUGGGUCAAAGCUAAACAGAAAAAAGACUAGAGCCCAAUUUUAUGGACAAUGGACAUCGGCGGCAAGGCGGGACUACAAAUUUGGCGGGGAUAGGGGAGUGGACACUAAUUGGGUAGACGUGGUAGGGAAAGUGAGGAAGAGACUGGGUUUGGGACAAAUGACUAUAAAAGGAAAAGUUAUUCUUAUCAAAGCUGUUAUUUUACCAUUGCUUUUACUAAUCGGUUCUGUUUUUACCCCAAAGAGAGAUACUCAUUUAGAACUCGACAGGUCCAUCUUCCGUUUUAUCUGGGGAUCCAAGUGGGAGAAGGUAAGUCGAGACACAAUUAGAAAAAGAAUGGAGAAAGGUGGAAAAGGAGUGCCAGACCUCUACUUGUUCCUGGAGAGCCUGUACGUCUCUCUCCCCCUCCAAAAUGGAUUGGGCCAGUCCAGCAAUCCGCAAAGUCAGGCUAUGGCCAGAUUCUGGAUGGGCUCCUACCUGCGCAGCCUAAAACUGUUGGUCACAGACCAAAGAUUUCCAUUGGCAUUCUUUCUGCCACCACAUUAUGCUUUUAUAAAGAAUUUCUUAAAACAUUUUAGACUAGAGAAAGAAGACAAAGGGUUAAAAAAAAAAAAAAAAACUCUUAUUCCUGUUGUGCAGGAGCGGGAUCCGGUGAGUUCAGUGUGCGGGCUUACGUUAGGCGAGCCCUCAACGGUUUGGCGCCACGUGAAUCACCCUGCACUCCCAAACAGACUCCAGGACCUAUCAUAGAUGUUUGCCCACAAGAUUCUCCCAAUCAGGACCGUCAUGCACUCCUGAGGAAUGGCAGCGCACUCAACUUGCCCCCGACCUGGUUGUGGCCACCUCCUCUGGAAGUGCACCACUGCAGUCGACCUGUGGGCGACAACCGAAAACCUGCAUUUCCUGGACUUGCCGGUUAGGAAGGUCCUAAAUGCACAGUUCUCGCUUUUUGGGGUGAGCUGCUCAGGAACACAAGGGGAGAACUUUGAAAAGCAGUGGCUCACCCUUGACACCAUCAAAGACACCAUUUGGACCUCCAGACACUUGCUGGUGAGGAGGAACAGGCAGAUCACCCCUGCGGCUGUGCUCCAAAUGGCCGCAGCAAAUAUUAUAGCUGCACGUGGCAGGCUGUUUUCUGAAAUUUCCAGGUUCACACAAGAGGAAGUGAGGUUGAAGCCAAGAUGGCACACGUGGCUAGCCGUGUCAGCGCAGGUCACCGCCCAUUUGCCACGAUAUGGCUGGUCAAUCGUCGUCGCAAGCAGCACAGGAUCCCCGGAGGAGUCGGCGCUCAUCAUCCACCAUAGGAACUCUGCUCUCUGCGUGGGGGCAGUGGGGUCCGGGCCCGAUCAUAUAGCGUCGGAAGCUGUGCUGGACUCCCCGAAGAGUCGACGUUCCUCAGCCACCAUGCAGAAAGGACACAAAGGAUGGUGGCCCAUGAUCUGA